CGUAAACCGGGUUUUUUUGGUAAUCAAAAUGUUAGAAGUGUUUGUGACAGUUUCAAAUAAAUUUAAGAUUUUUUUACUAAUGAGACUAGAAGAAUAGGUUAACAAUAAAAACAAAAUGAUGUUCGAUUCUAGCAAAACGGAUGCUAGAAAAGUUGAUUUAUGACAAGUCACGAGAAUGUUGUUCAUACGGUUAGAACUGCAUGCAGAGUACGUGGCGUGGAAGACGAUAAGGUUCAGCCAAUAGUUUCUUCUGUCCCCUCCUCUAUCUCUUCCCUCAAAACUGACAUUUAUGUUUUAAGUAAAACCAGCAGGGCACACCGAGACAAAGAUAUCACACGAUCCUAUGACAAAUAGUUAAAAGUACAUAAAACUUUGACAAAUACUAUGAAUGGUAUAAAAUAUCAGAAUCACAGUUCAGUAUACCACAUCCAUCACCUAUAUUAACUUUUCAACCAAUUGUCUCUAAGAUACACAUAUAUUUCAGCAAUCUACUUCUAAUCAAUGUUGAAAUUAUAACACAAUCUAGGCAUAUUUUUUCUCCUUAUAUAAAAUAAUUGCUAAUUUUAGUCUGAUCUGCUGCUCUAUGAAUAUUAAUCUCUAUAAAUACUUGAAAUCAAAAGAAGAAAGUUCAAUAAAAGGAAAUAAAAAUACCAAAAAUCAAAGCUAUAAAAAUACAGACCACAAGCCACAAUCUAGCAACAAAACAAAACCAACAAAAGUUAUGACGUUAUCUAUCUUCUUGAUUUCUCUUCUCUCUCUUUCGCCGGUUGUAUUCUCCGAUGACGCAUCUUUCCAAAAACUUCCGGUGCCGGGAAAUAGGUCAGGCACUGAAGCUUUCGCCAUUGAUUCCACCGGAAAAGGUUUCUAUACCGGAGUAUCCGGUGGUAAAAUCCUCAGCUAUACUCCAGGGAAAGGUUAUAUCGAGUUUGCCUAUAUGACGAAAUCCUCGAAGUCGCAAUGGUGCGAUGGAGCCCUUGGAACUGCUAAUGCCGGAAAAUGCGGCCGGCCUGCGGGAUUAGCAUUCAACGACAUUACAAGAGAGCUCUACGUGGCCGAUGCUGUAUUGGGUCUUCACGUCGUCCAUGCUGUCUUCGGCAGUAUGGCCAAGAAGAUAGCCGACAGUGUUGACGGCAAACCGUUCGUGUUUCUCGAUGGUCUCGACGUUGAUAACACUACCGGCGUCGUCUAUUUCACUUCCUUCAGCUCAAAAUUUAGCGCUGGCGAUGUGUUGAAAGCAGUGGCAUCAAAAGACGCUACUGGAAAACUCUUCAAAUACGAUCCAGCAAAAAAGGUUGUGACUGUAUUGCUAGAAGGUCUAAGCGGCUCAGCUGGUUGUGCCGUCAGCUCAGAUGGUUCGUUCGUGCUGGUUGGUCAGUUCACCAAGAGUAACAUCAAGAGGUAUUGGAUCAAGGGACCUAAAGCUGGUUCUUCUGAAGACUUCACCAAUGCUGUCUCGAACCCUGACAAUAUCAAGAGAAUCGGUUCUACUGGAAAUUUUUGGGUUGCUUCCGUUGUGAGCACAGCCACAGGAAUAACAAAUCCGUCGGCAGUUAAAGUUAAUUCUGAUGGCAAAGUGCUUCAGACAAUUUCGCUUAAGGAUGAGUUUGGGGAUACUCUGGUCAGUGAGGUUAAUGAGUCCCAAGGAAAGCUUUAUAUUGGAACUUUAUUUGGUCCUUUUUCCGGAAUCCUUAAGCUUUAAAGUGAUUAUAUGUAUAAUAUUAAGAGAAUAAGGCAUUAAGAAGUUUAGUGAUUGUUUCAGAAUAAUAAACCUUUUUAGACAUGUAAAAUUAUUGUUUCUAAAUAAACCGGAUAUGUAAUGUUGAUCUUGUUCAAAUAGUCAAAUAUAUAUGAUUUUUGUUUAAA